UCCGCUGCGCCACCCGACAAUAGGGGAUCGCUUUGCCUCUGGCGCAAAGGACCAACGGGGAGCAGGAGAUCGAGGCUGCGUGUUGCGGUUCCUCCUGGAGACAGAACCUCUCUCGGUGGCGUCGACGCCGCCCCUUCUUGCCUUCCUUCCUUCCUUCCUUCCCUCCUCCCUGACGUCAGAUCCAGGAUCCGGGGUGGGGAGAGAAGCCGAGAAGUGGGCAGAGAAGCCACGCGUAGUGGGCGCCUUGGCUCCCUUCCCCGCUUCUUCCGCGCCCUUCGAUGGUUGGCUCCGGACGACAUGAGCCGCCCGUCCUCCGCCGGACCCAGCGCUAGCAAGACCUGCGGCAAGCAGCAGCAGCAGCAAGCACACGCUCCAUCCCCGGCAGCGGCAGCAGCGACAGCGGCGGCUGCGGCUCCUCCCGCGAGCAGCAACGCUGCCGCCAUCUCUGCGGCCGGAGGCGGCUCCUCCGCCGUGCCCAGCAGCGCUGCCGGGCUCCCCAGCCCCGGAGGAGGAGGAGGAGGAGGCGGAGAAGGCGGCGGCGGGGGCCCGGUCUCGUCCUCGUCCUCGUCCCCGCAGCACCACGAGCUGACCUCGCUCUUCGAGUGCCCCGUCUGCUUCGACUACGUGCUGCCGCCCAUCCUGCAGUGCCAGGCCGGGCACCUGGUCUGCAACCAAUGCCGGCAGAAGCUGAGCUGCUGCCCCACGUGCCGGGGGUCGCUCACCCCCAGCAUCCGCAACCUGGCCAUGGAGAAGGUGGCCUCGGCCGUCCUCUUCCCCUGCAAGUAUGCAACCACAGGCUGUUCUUUGACUCUCCAUCAUACAGAGAAGCCGGAACAUGAAGACAUUUGCGAAUUCCGCCCUUAUUCGUGCCCAUGUCCUGGUGCAUCAUGCAAAUGGCAGGGCUCGUUGGAAACCGUCAUGUCACAUCUCAUGCACGCCCACAAGAGCAUUACCACCCUCCAAGGAGAAGAUAUUGUCUUUCUUGCCACAGAUAUUAACUUGCCGGGGGCCGUCGACUGGGUGAUGAUGCAGUCUUGCUUUGGCCAUCACUUCAUGCUGGUGUUAGAGAAACAGGAGAAGUAUGAAGGCCAUCAGCAGUUCUUUGCCAUCGUCUUGCUCAUUGGCACCCGCAAACAGGCGGAGAACUUUGCGUACAGACUCGAACUGAACGGCAACCGGAGGAGGCUGACUUGGGAGGCUACCCCGCGCUCCAUCCAUGAUGGUGUAGCAUCCGCCAUCUUGAACAGUGACUGUCUUGUUUUUGACACUGCCAUAGCACACCUUUUUGCAGACAAUGGGAAUCUUGGAAUCAAUGUGACUAUUUCUACGUGUUGUCCAUGAUCUUUCUGUGUACCUUUGUGCGACCCCGCAGUUGUCUGCUUUUUGUUUGUUUUUGUUUGUUUUUCUGACUUUUUUUUAUAAUGGAAUUCAGCUAUAGCCCUUAUAUGGCUGUUCCCACUAAUGCGAUUAACAAUCAUAUGAGAGGAGACCAAAGUCACGCACACGUAGAUGUGCCAUUGUGGGCCCCCAUUCAUAUCGUUGGCUGGAAGUCAGUGGAGAGGGGCUCCUGUCCCAUACACAAAGACCCCUGAAAGACAGUACCCCAGUGUGAUGGUUAAUUGCAUAAGGGGGAGCAUCUAAAUAAGAAUCAUGUCUUCAUAAGUGGUUCGUUCUUAACCUACUAUCUUGGAAUUCCCUAUUCCCUUAUCUGGUGUUUCAAAAACACUGUUAAUAGGAAAUUAAUCUAAGAUGUUUUUGUCCUAUUAAUUUGAAAGGAAGCAAGGAGUUACAUUUUCCAGGAAAUAUCAUUGGAUGUUUGCUGGAGAGGGAAAUUAUUCUCUUCUUAAAAGGCAAAGUUUCCAUAGGUCUAUGAAAUUGGCAGAGAAGGGGUCUGGUAAACAUGUGAGAUAGCUCUCUCAUGCUAAAGAGGGCAUUUACACAUGAAGAAUAAAGCAGUUGAGUCUUGGGUUUCAAUUGGGUUGACUUGGCUCUGUAAGACUGCAAUAGGAGAGACCAUAUGUCGAAGAGGCAAUCCUUUUGCCCGGCCCCCUAGUAAUUCAUGGUAAAUGGACACAUGGAACAUGAGAGAGAGCAGUUCUAGCUCAGCACCUCCCCAGAGGUGGGCUUAUUUAUUUAUUUUUAUUCAAAGGAGCUUUAAAAAAAUGACGUUUUACCUCUGUCCUUUAGCAUUGUGUGCCAUUUCUAUCACUUCAGAACUUGUUCUACUGUGUUUGUAGAUGAAGCCACAUUAAACCACUUCUGAGGUGCAAGUGGUUCUCAAUAAGCUACUUAACUGGCCUAGUACCAAAACCAUAGCUUGAAAGAAUUGCCUUUUUGGACUGCAAUUCCCCAAAUCCCCUCACCUAUUGUGUCUGCAGGUAUUCUGGGAACUGUGGUCCAAAGAAAAUGUUUCCAUGGUGUGUACAAAAAAGGAAAGAAGAGGAAAAUAAUGGUGAUAGGGUUGUGGUUAGAUUUGUGUUACUAUAUAAUAAGACUUUGAAGUCGUACCAUCACGCACAGGACUUCAGAGACUUAACAGUUACACACUGUCACAGCUUGGUAUUUAGGUGAGAAGGUACAUUUGUGAAUUGGUUGCACCUGCUUCUGUGCUUCUGCUAAUAAGUUGUCUCUCCUUUUUUGUUAACUGUUACGUUCAUUCUGUUACAGCAAAAGAUCUACAAAGAUGUCUGACCCCCUUUGCCAUCCAUCCCUUUCAGCAAGAGCUGAAGAGGCUCAACAGAUUGUGAGAGAGCUGCUUCGUUAUGGGGUGGCAAAAACAAAGAUGCUUUUGAGCAGCUAAAAGCAGGCCCCCUCUAUAAAUAUAUCCAGGUUGUUUACAUGUGGCUUCCUCUUUGGGAAGACAUACUGACCAUACUUGAUACUAACCUUGUAAAGACCAACUUUAAUUACACACAGAAAAGAGAUACGGUGGUUGUCUUGUCUUCUGCUAUUUAAGUUGGGGUUUGUUGAUGUUUGUUGCCAUAUUUACUUUAGUUUUUUAAAAUAAAUAUUUUGCAAAAAUAA